AUUUGUUGCGCCUUGCUGCCACAAGCCCACAACAUUGGCAGAUUAUUUAUAAAAUAAAAUAACAUAGCAUCUUUUGUUUUUCCAAGUACAAAAGAAGGAGUGUGACAAUUAGAACGAGACUUUAUUUUCUUUAUAAUCAGAUUGGUUUUUUGUUUUGGAUACAGAGCAUCUUCUCUUCCCUGGCAUUAGUAGUAGGAGUUUGUGGAUUUGACGAAGGUGAGAACUAUCCGUUGAUACAAUCUCCCCUGGACCGAUCGACGUUCUUAAACGUUCUCUACUAUGGCAGAAAAGGUGGGAACCCAGCCUCUGCAGAGCGCACAUUCAAGGACCAGUUUCGAUUUCGGGUGGGUAUGAAAAGGGGGCCACUGCGCUGGGUUUCAUCUUCAAAAUUGAUGAUGAUGAUGAUGAUCGAAGGGGUAAUGAUAGCGCGCUGUUGGACGAAACUACUCAACUCGCACUUGCUUGUUUCUUUCUCUGGUGGGAGCCAAGCUUCACGUCAAUACUUGCAGAAUGAUCUGCCAGAGAAGUGUCAAGAACAUGAACUCAAGGAGGGGAGAAAAGCUUCUGCGGAUGAAGCAUCCAAGUGGCUGGCUGACUUUCUGUGUAGUCAUCCUGACAGCGUUGACAGUGGGUCAAUAAAUCGGGACUUGCCCUGUAUAAAGUAAACAGUAAAGGAAAACUGCUCCAAGACUCAUUGGCUGCAACGCGAUGUGGUUCACGUGCAUGUCAUUUGUUUGGUGAUGCCCCCUUUCGAUGUCAAUGAUAUGUCCAUGGAUAAAGCUAUGGAGUUGGCCAAACGUACACUUUGUUUUGCUGUAUAUUUCCAGCAUGAAACUCAUAAAUGUGUCAGUGUCUUCCAUGUUGGAAGAAGCGGGGUUCAACGGGUGGUCUCGAAUGAUGAUAAAUUAAAAUUGCAAAAGCAGCAGUACUUCCGCGAAGUCGGUGGGCUAGUGUGGAAAAGACAUGCGUAGGCACAACGAAGCUCAGGCUCUUUGUAGGGAAAGAAGUAUGAUCUACGAAGCGCAUUGUAGGGAAAGAAGAGCCAACGCUAAAGACUCUAUGUAGCUUCAGCGAAGUUCAGGCUCUCGUAGUAUGGAAAGAGCGCGUGCAGCUUCAAUUAUGUCCGCGUUCAAUGAAUUGCAAAGUGAUCCUAGCG